AUGAGCCAGCCAUGUGCCUUUGCCACAAAGAAGGCUAAUGGGACCUUGUGCCUCUGCCUUGCCUCCUCGGAGGAGCCAACUGCUGAUGGCCUCACAUCAACUUCCCUGCUGGAAUUUGCCAUGAUGUCACACCUGGAGGCCAUGAAUUCCCACGAGCAAACCAGCCCAGAGGCUGCAGAGCCUGAUCUUGCCCCUGGCUCUCUGCAUGCUGCCGCGGGAUCAGGCUUUGCCAGCGAGGAGAAUGAGGAGUCCAAGAUCUUACAGCCCCCGCAGUACUUCUGGGAAGAUGGGGGAGAGCUCAAUGACUCCAGCCUGGACUUGGGACCAGCAACGGAUUACAGCUUUCCUGCUGCAUCUCAGAAGGCCCUGCUGAAAGGGAAUGGGACACAGGUGAAAGACAACUGGGAAACAGCCACUGUCCAGCCGCCAGCAGAAUUUGUUGAGCCUGACUUGCACAUGCCUUUCUCCAGCACGCUGGAGGAAGAGGAGGGGCUGCUCCCUAUAGACCACUCAAGAGGAGGAGUGGAGAGCCUCCAGACCUCUGGGCCAGAGGUUACAUCUUCUGAACCAGUGGGCCAAGAGGAGUCCUUCUCCCUUCUGUUUUCCACAGCCUCUGCAAGGCCAGGUGUGACCAAGGCAGCCAUAGGAGGGCAAGAAGAGGACUCUGUUCCUCCAGGCUUAGACCUUGGGAGCAGCAUGGGACCAGGUCUUCUGCCUGUGUCCUCUAUUUUUUCUACUAGUACUGCUGCAAGCUCUCCCAGUAUUUCAGAAGAGCCCUUUGAGGUGACAGCUGGGGACACGUGGGCUGUUGGGGGAGCAGAUUCGGAGACGACUGUGAGUACCACAAGAGCAGAGCUUGCAGAGACCAUGGUGGAGGCUGUUGGGGAAGAGCAUUCAGCCAGAGAGGAGGUCUCAGAGACCACAGUGGGGUGGGAGAUGCUGGAGCCCACGGUGCUAACUGAAAUGGAGCAGACUGCGGAAAUGCCUGUGGGGACACCCUCUCCUGGGGGCAGCUCCCCAGGCACCCAGACUCUUUCUGGCAGUGAGCAGCACCCCACUUCUUCUGCGUCUCUGUGGGACAGGGCUGACGAGCCUGCACUGGAUCCCGUUUGGAAUGACUCCGAGUCAGCCACUGAGACUGUGGCAGCAGAAAGGAGCUUGUCACCGCAGGCUGGGGACGCCCGCAUGGCCAUGCUGCCAACAGAGCUGCCCUGGGACUCAGCACAGGUGAUCUGCAAAGACUGGAGCAACCUUGCGGGGAAAAACUACAUCAUCCUGAAUAUGUCGGAUAACAUUGACUGUGAGGAGUUUCGGCUGGAGAGGGGUCCCCAGCUGUUGGCACUGGUGGAGGAUGCCUUCUCCAGACAGGCGGAUGGACCACAGGACCGCUGGCUGAUCUCUCUGAGCAAACCUAAUGAGAACGACAAGCACUUGCUAAUGACACUGGCAGGGGAACAGGGUGUCAUCCCUACAAAAGAUGUUCUUACGGCACUGGGGGAUGUUAAGAGGAGCUUAGCCGAGAUUGGCAUCCAGAACUACUCAACCACCACAAGCUGCCAGUCGCACCCCAACCAGACACGCAGCGAUUAUGGGAAACUCUUUGUGGUACUGGUGAUCAUUGGUUCCAUCUGUGCCAUCAUCAUUGUAUUGGGGCUCAUAUACAACUGCUGGCAGAGACGUCUGCCCAAGAUGAAGAACAUGUCGCAUGGCGAGGAGCUGCGCUUUGUUGAGAACGGCUGCCAUGACAACCCUACCUUGGAUGUGGCCAGUGACAGCCAGUCGGAAAUGCAGGAGAAGAAGCCAAGCGUGAAUGGUGGAAACAACAUCAACGGCCCUGACAGCUGGGAUGUCCUGAUCAAUAAGCAGGCGAGCGAGGAUGUGGAUGUGUUUGAGGAAGACACACAUCUUUAG